AAAUAAAUCCACUCUUGCUAUAUAUAAGUUAAUCACGUGACGAUCACAAAGGUCAACAAGACCAGGAAGAAAAAUACCAUAAUCGCCAUGUUGGAUUUUUGUAGAGAAUAUCUCUUAAAAUCCAAUCAAAGUGUCUGACCAUGUUUGGUUCUCUGUCGGCGUCUUCUAUCAAAACAGAAGAACAUUGCUACACCAUGGAAUCUCCCGGUGCAGAGUCCUCUCCCCGAGACAGACCGCUCAUUGAUGUACCACGGAUCAUCACACAAAUAAAUACCGACUAUAGACUAUUAGACAGAGUGGCUUGUCUGAGUGAUGAGGAGAUGUGGACGUUAGGUAAUGACAAAAUCAUGAGACGGUACAACCUCAGUGGGAAACUAUUGAAGAAGUCAGUAAUAACAAGGUCAGGGAGCAAUCCAGGGGACAUAGCAGUGACAAGGAGUGGGGAUCUAGUUUUUACUGAUUAUGUUGGUAGAACUGUGAACAAAUUUAGGAAUAAAUGGAUAGAUACAGUGACCAGACUACGGGGGUGAAGACCUCGCGGUGUCUGUAGUACCUCCUCUGGUGACCUCCUGGUUGUCAUGGACAGUGAUGAUUAUAAACAAACAAAAGUUGUGUGUUACUCUGGCUCCACAGAGAAACAAAGUAUUCAGUACGACGACAAAGGACAACCUCUCUAUUCAUCUGGUGGAUUAUAUAAAACUAAAUACGUCAGUGAGAACAGGAACCUAGAUAUCUGUGUGUCAGACCGUGACGCCGGUGCAGUUGUGGUGGUCAAUCAGGCCGGGAAACUUCGGUUUACCUACACUGGUCCUCCCUCUACUACCAAGGGAUCAUUCUUUCCGCGCGGCAUCACAACAGACAGCCAGGGUCGCAUCCUGACAGCGGACCUUAGCAACUACCGUAUCCACAUCCUGGAUCAGGACGGACAGUUCCUCCGCUACAUUGACAACUGUCAUUUACAGGAUCCAUGUGGUUUAUGUGUGGACACCAGAGACAACCUGUUUGUGACUGAGUACACAACAGGUAAAGUGAAGAAAAUACAAUAUUACAUGUAAACAAACUGUGUUUAUAAUAAUCAAACUAUCUGUUUAUUUAUUUACAUGUAUCAAUAGUGAAGGAAAUCCAUAUUACAAAUGAAACAAACCAUGUUUUAUAAAAAUCAAAUGGUUCAUGAUAUUAAAUUACAUUUAAAUUAAGUUCUCAACUGAAAACAGCUUAAUAUUACAAGUAAAUAAAUAACACUUUUGAUAGCAUGUUUACAUGACAACAUACUAUUUUACAUCUUGUAUGUGAACAAUCUACAUAUAACUGACCGUGUUUACAUAAUGUUUGUCAACUGAUUGUUUUAUGUAUUAAAUGUAAACUGUGUUUAUAUAUGUAUGCCACUGUCAACAGACCAAAUGUGGUGAUUUGAAAUUUAAAAUUCAAACAUUGCGUGCCAUCAAACCUAGUGUGUAAAAUUAUUAUAAUCAAUAUAUGUUAAAUUGUGUGUGUAUAUUUAAUCACAAAAAGUAA